AUGCCCCCGACCAUCCUCGUCACCGGAGCCACCGGUAAACAAGGCGGAGCGGCAGCCCGCCACCUCCUUGCCAAAGGACUACAAGUCCACGCCUUGGUUCGGACAAAGUCCAGCGCCGCCGCGCUUGACCUACACCAUCGCGGCGCCGUCCUAGUCGAGGGCAACUUCGACCAACCCGAGCAACUCCAAUUGGCCUGCCAGAACGCAACAGCAGUGUUCCUAAACGUACUACCCUCGUUCCGAGGCGAUGGUGCUGAGCUGCAACAGGCAACCAACAUCGUGCGCGCAGCUCGCGCAUCCGGCACGGUCACGACGCUCGUUUACACUAGCGUCUGUGCGGUCGACCAGCGGGAAACAUUCCCCGGAUGGCACGAUGGCACUAUGUCCGGCAUUCUGAAGGGGUAUUUCGAGAGCAAGGGUGCUAUCGAGGACCUCGUGCGCUCAGCCGGCUUCAUGCACUGGACAAUCCUUCGUCCACCCGUCUUUAUGACAAAUUACCUCCCUCCUGGUGUGAAAGGCUAUUUCCCCGAACUGGUGGAAUCACGUACUCUUCGCACUGCUAUGGCACCCGAGAAAAGGACGAUGCUCAUUAACCCAGAUGAUAUUGGUCGAUUUGCUGCUGCUGCUUUUAUUGAGCCGGAGCGUUUCUCGCACCGUGCUAUUGAUAUUGGGAGUGAUGCCUUGACGGCAGAGCAGGUGGCGCGGGCUAUCUCCGAGGUCAGUGGGCGGGAGAUUGUGGUUGACCAUAUUCCGCGCGAUCUGGCAGAGCGUCUGGCGCCCUUGAAUCCUCAGAUUGACUCUCAGUUAUGGUUCUGGGAGCGGCAGGAUAACAUUGAGCCGCGGGAGCUAGAGGCCGAGUUUGGGAUUAAGUUAGCUACGUUUAAGGAGUUCUUGGCUGCGAACCAAGAACUGGUGAGGCAGACGUUUGGGUAG